AUGUUCAACAUCUCGAAUCUGGUGCAGAAGGCCCAACAGUACAUUGAACCUACGCUCAGCACCAUCGCCUCUCCCACGUCGACGGACCGACGGCCCUCCAAGGCCACCCUCUUCCGCUACCAGUUUCGCCUUCCCGACUCCCAGAACCCGCUCCAGGAGAUCACCGCCGAGCUCACGCUGCAACCCCACCAUUCCACGAGGGGCACCGGCGACGUCACAGCCGACAAGGACCGCGGCCAGGGCAGCCACUAUGUCGGCAAGCUACACCUCAGCGAGCAGUAUCUCUGCUUCUCGACCCAGGGCUCCAGCUUCCUCACCACGGCGAGCCUGAGCUCCUCGAGCAGCUUCACGGGCCAGACCCAUGGCGCGGGGCCGGCGGGCAAUGGUUUCACGCUACCGCUGUGCGCCAUACGGCGGGUAGAACGCCUGCACAGCCAGAGCUACAUGUUCGCGCUGGCAAUCACAACAUGGAACGGCACACCCGACACGAAGCUGCAGGCGCCUGCUGGCCAAAAGCUCACCAUCCAGCUGGCAGGCUCGCGGCAGGCAUGCGAGCGCUUCUGCGAUGGCCUCAAGAAGGGCUUGAGGGAGGGUGUCAAGGAGGUGGACAAUCUGCGCAAGGUCGUGGCCCAGUGCUACUCGGAAUAUCUGCUUACCGAAGCCGACGAGAAGAAGCCGGGGCAAGACGGCAAGCCCGCCCGGGAGCAUCCAGAUACUGGGCUGGGCAUGAUCUUCAGGUACCCCGGCAACGCGAGGAAGCUCAGAGAUGCGACAAAAAUACGCUUAUGGCGCGAAUACCUGAAAGGCAACGCAACUCUGAUCCGACAGCCUACCUUCCACAAACUGAUCCGCGUCGGUCUGCCCAAUCGAUUACGAGGUGAAAUGUGGGAGCUUACAUCGGGAGCCUUCUUUUUGCGCCUGCACAAUCCGAACCUCUACACCGAGACACUACAAAAGCACUCUGGACGCGAGUCGCUGGCCAUAGACGAGAUCGAGAAGGACCUUAACAGGAGUUUGCCGGAAUACCCCGGCUUCCAGAGCGAAGAGGGUAUCGGUAGGCUCCGGAGAGUGUUGACGGCGUACAGCUGGACAAACGAAGAGGUCGGCUACUGCCAGGCGAUGAACAUUGUAGUCGCAGCAUUGUUGAUAUACAUGUCCGAGUCGCAGGCCUUUUUUCUUCUUUCUGUGCUGUGUGAUCGCCUUGUUCCAGGCUACUACUCGCAAACCAUGUACGGCACCCUACUGGACCAAAAGGUCUUCGAAUCCCUUGUCGAGAAGACUAUGCCCAUACUAUGGGACCAUCUCGUCAAGUCCGACGUACAGCUGUCUGUUGUUUCUCUGCCGUGGUUCCUUUCCCUUUAUAUCAACUCUAUGCCCCUGAUUUUUGCUUUUCGUGUUCUAGAUGUCUUCUUCCUUGAAGGCCCAAAGGUUCUUUUCCAAAUUGGCCUGGCUAUCCUCCGCAUCAACGGAGAAGACUUGUUGGACGCCGCCGACGACGGCUCCUUCAUCUCCGUCCUCAAGUCUUACUUCUCGCGCCUUGACGAGUCGGCACAUCCAAAGUCGGAUAACCCAAAACUACGUGCCGUCACCCGAUUCCAGGAACUCAUGGUAGUAGCAUUCAAGGAGUUUGCGGGCAUCACGCAAAACACCAUCUCAGAGCAGCGCGCCAAGCACAAAGACGCCGUGUUGGAGAACAUUGAGAAUUUCGCCAAGCGCACUUCGAUAAGAAAUCUUGGUCCAGAUAGCAAGAAGCUGAGCGUGAACGACUUGGGGUUCUUGUACGAUAAGUUCUAUGCCGUGCUGUACGAGCGACAACAAAGAGCCGAGAUUAUGCAGCAGGAAGCUGAGCGCAAAGCAAAAGCUAGCAGAAUGAAGGCAACUGAAGUCGUCCAAGGUGUUUCUGGCAAUGCUGAAAAGGGUCGCGUGGCCCUCGGGCCCAGUCCUACACAGAUGGACUAUGAUGCGUUUAGGGAGUUUCUCGCUAGCAUUUCCAAAUGGGCCAUCACGGACUCACCGCGCUCUCCACCAGAGACAAAUAAUCUAUCUGCCCAUUCGUACUUUGGCAACAGCAUGAGAAAACGACCCCCCAUGUCGCCAUGGGGCUCGGGGCCUGAGCCAGCAGACCAUGAAUUCAUGCGUCGCUUGUUUCGUCGUUGGGAUGUUGAUAUGACAGACUCACUCUCAUUGCAGAAUGUCGUCAGCGGCUUUGCGGCCGUCAAAGGGACCAAAGACAUCAUGUCCAACAUUGCAUACUUCUUCGAGCUUUACGACGAUGACGGUGACGGAAAGGUGGAUCGCGAGGGCAUUCUGAGAAUCUCGGAAGCUCUCUUGUUCUUAUCACGCCGAGGUGUCUACGACGCCAGUCCUGCUGCUUCAUCGUUAGAUGUAAGUACUCCGGCCAACUCAGAGCGUAGCAGCCGCGAUGAGCAGUUCCUGAGCAGCGUGUCUGCCUUUAUCCGCAACUGCUUCGAAUACGCCGACCCCGAUCACCCCUCGAACAAUGCGGGCCGAGACGUAGAGGAAGUCAAGGAAGAGAUGGACAACUUUGCCAUUGGUGACGAUGAAGAUGAUCUGAUCGACUUUGGUUCCGAGCCAGGCACACCCAAAGUUAAAUCUGACAAGGCCGAACAGUCAGAUCAAAAUCCAUUGUCACCAACGCCUUCGAAUCUUACCACCGAGUCGGAGCUUGCCGGUCGUAAUGAGAAGGCAAAGUCGGCAAACUUGGCGCUAGACCCCAACAAGCCCCUUCACAUUACCCUUCCCACUUUCCGCAUGGUCAUUCUUGCGGAUGAAGCUUUACUAAAUUUCUUUGAAGUUGGCUUCUCGUCAUCGUUCCGCCUCGCCGACGAAACCCUUCCUUCAGCUUCUAGCAUCAAUAACCUCACAACCUUUGCUAAUGCUGGAAGGCAUGGUAGCACUUCAGGUGGUUUGGGUGGUGUUGUUGGUGGUGCUGGCGUAGGUGUGGUGCCACCUGGUAAAGGACUCCGAGGCAUGCUCGACAACAUUGUCAAUGAUGGAAUGCGUGUUGCGUCCGAAGUCAGGAGGAGAUAUGACGAAGCACAAAAGGAGCUGGACAAGGAAGCACGACAUGGGAAAGAAGACGAAGAAGAGGAAGAAGAUGCGGACGCAAAGGAUCUUGAUCUGCUCGAUGGUGCGGAGACAGCGGAUGUGGGUGCAUCAAAGGGCGAGGCUCAGCCAGACCUACUAUCGCCAACCACUGCAGAAGACGGCAUGAAGACGACGAGGAAUCGCUCUGCGAGCGAUGCUAGUAGGAAGCCCCAAUUGCUCGAGCAGACUGUUCCCCAACACUUUGCGGGUGUUGUGAAUCAGUUUGGUGACCGUGAUGCGGUGAUUUCGCACCAUCAGCGCAUACGAUUGACGUAUGAUGCUCUGGAUCGUGACUCGAACAGGCUUGCAAGAGGGCUGCAGAAGCUGGGUGUGAAGAAGAAUGACAGGGUUGCUGUGAGCCUGGGCAAUAAUGCUGAGUUUGCUACUGUACCGCUCAAUCCCUCCUUCAACGCGCCACAGGUUUUAAACGCCAUCAAUCACCUAGACACCGCUCAUCUUAUAAUCGGGGCCGAGACAAACCUUCCCCGCAAAGAUCCACGUCCCAACAUUUCAUUACUCACUCACUUGAUACCCAAUCUCGCUAGCUCGAAACUCGAAUCCGAACUCGUUCCGUCGCUGAAGAAUGUCAUCGUGGUGGACAAUGCCCAGGGAAGGAUAAAUCUGGAUGAGUACAAGAGCUUGGGAAGAUAUCAAAAUGUGCUAGAAGAUGGUGGCCAGGGCAUAGCACUGCCUGAUCAAGGGCUGGAUCCUCAUGACAUUGUGAAUAUCCAAUUUACGUCGGGUACGACGAGCAUGCCAAAAGCUGCGUGUUUGAGCCAUAGGAGCAUUCUCAACAAUGGCAAUAGCAUUGGCGACAGGAUGCUACUCACCGAGAAAGAUGUCAUCUGCUGUCCACCUCCGCUAUUUCACUGCUUUGGAUGUAUUCUUGGAUACAUGGCUUCCGCCACGCACGGCAGCGCUAUUGUCUUUCCAACCGAGGCAUUCAAUCCCGUUGUCACUCUAGAAGCCGUCCGUGAACACAAGUGCACGGCUCUCUACGGUGUUCCUACCAUGUUCGUGGCGGAGCUCGAACUCUUAGCCAGCGGCGCCGUACCCCACGAAGGCUUUCAGCACCUGCGCACAGGCAUUGCAGCUGGAUCUUCCAUUCCUGCCGAGCUCAUGCGCAAACUCCACAAGAAUUUGAAUCUGACGGAGCUGACCAUUUGCUAUGGAAUGACGGAAACAAGCCCUGUUUCCGCCAUGACAACUACCGACGAUCCUAUUGAAAAGCGCAUCAACACUGUAGGGCGCCUCCUACCACACGUCAGCGCCAAGAUCGUCCACCCUGCGGAUUGGUCAAAGACCCUUGACGUAGGCCAACGUGGUGAAUUAGCUGUCUCGGGCUACCUCCUCAUGAAAAGUUAUUGGGGCGACACAGCACGCACUCAAGAGGUCCUCCAGCCGGAUGAGAAUGGAGUCAUGUGGAUGCACACUGGCGAUGAAGCGUCCAUGGAUGAAGAGGGCUACGUCAAAAUCACUGGAAGGAUCAAGGAUCUCAUCAUCAAGGGUGGAGAGAACAUCCACCCCUUGGAGGUUGAAAACUGUCUUUUUGCACAUCCAGCGAUUAGUGAAGUUAGUGUGGUCGGGCUACCGGAUGAGCGAUAUGGGGAAGUCGUUGCUGCAUUCAUUGUGCCGCAUGCUGGCGACGACGGAAAGGUUACAGUAGAAGAAGUAAAGACAUGGGUCAGGCAGAAACUAAGCCACCAUCUGGUACCAAAAUACAUCUUCUGGGUAGACACCUACCCAAAAACAGCGAGCGGCAAAAUUCAAAAGUUCAAGCUCAAGGAACUAGGAAUCGCAUUACUUCAAGAAGGCAAGGGGUUGGAUUAA